AGUUCAAGCCUCACUGAGAACCUCAUAUAACUCUUCUCUGUACCAAAUUACCAUCACCACCUUCUCUUGAAUUUCUAUAUAUACAUGUUUUUGUAUGAAACAAGGUUUCAGAAAAAGUCUGCAAUUAUGAUUUUGACUAAUAUGAAGGGUUUUUUUUAUGUGUCUGCGACCAUAGUACAACUUUAGUAGUAAUACCAAGGUUUUUUGUUGUGAUUUUGACAGUAAUAUCAAGGUUUUUUUUUAUGUGUCUGCGACCACAGUACAACCUUAGUAGUAACAUCAAGGUUUUUGUGACGAUGGAGAGUGGAUUGAAGGGUGAGGUUGAGAUAUCACCAAAUUGUCCAAGGUGUGGUUCUUCCAACACCAAGUUCUGCUACUACAAUAACUACAGCUUAACUCAACCGAGGUACUUUUGCAAAGGUUGCAGAAGAUACUGGACCAAAGGAGGGUCUCUGCGGAAUGUUCCUGUUGGUGGUGGCUGCAGGAAGAACAGAAGAGGUAACAAGAAUUUGUUGAGACAAUCCAUUGAUGGUUUCACUUUCAAAACUUCAUCAUCACCACCACCUUCUGCCAAUGCCACAGAUCAUAAUAACAACAACAACAACCCUGUUGAGCAUUCUUAUGAUCCCAGAAUAAGAACUUCUGCAGCUUCUGGUUCCUCCUCAGUGCUCAGUGAUGGUCCAAAUAUUGAUCUUGCACUGGUUUAUGCAAAUUUCCUCAACCAAAAACCCAGCUCUGAAUCUGGGAUUGAGAGCAGGAGUAACCCAGAUCAAGUUCCAACAGCUUUUGAUCCUUCUCUUGAGAAUAAUUCAAGGCUAUCAAACACAGAUGUUACUGGGUGUUUGAAUCUUCCAGAACAACCAUCCACACAUUCUGCUGAGGCUAAUAAUUGUGGCCAAAUAUGCUAUGGUGAGUUCAACACUAUGCAGACUAUUCAAAAACAAGGGAUUGAGCAGUGUAGUAGUCAUGGUGGUGCUGUGAAUUUUGAGCUGCCACCAUUACCGGGUGAAGUGGAAGCCUCACAUGAUCAUCAUCAUCAUCAUCAUAUGAUGUGGUCAAAUUCUGAGAUGAUGACAUUUGAAGCCACGCAACCAGUUCUUGGACCUGAAGUUCAUGAUGCAGACUUGUUAAUAGGUAAUUGGAGCCCCUUUGAUUUGCCUUGAGAUGUUUAAGAAAAAUUAUUCUGUUCA